UUCUUCUCCAAUUGCUUCUGCAACUUCUUUAUCUAACAAUGUCUUCUUAUUAUCCCUCUAAUUCGUCUAAUUCUUCUUCUGAUCCUCUAUAUUCCUUUGUCCAUUCCAAUUUAUCUCUAUCCUUAGAAAUCCCAACUAUCACUGAUGAUCCAAUUGUAGUGAAGACCACUACAAGUGGUAUCAGAGCGGUCGAUUCUCCGACCGCUACGAUGGCCGCUGCAACACAUUCAGUAAAACAAGAUUGUCUUCACAAGUUACUGAUGGAAAAUCACAACAGGUCGGAGUUUAUUAAAGCUUUUUGUGAUGAUUUUACUGAAUUAUUCCGGGCUACAUGGAACAACUAUCAUCAGGGCAGAUCAACACCAAGUUUCGACGAUGAUAUCGGUGGCGUAGCUAUUGACUCGCAGGUAGAAACUGAUAUUGAAGAAUUGGAGUCCAUGACUAAAGAUAGCUAUGAUUUAAUAAAAGCUAAAGUUUUAGAUUCUACUGCAACACCAAGUCUCUCUCACUGAUCUAGUGAAUCGGAGUCGAAGAUAACCGAGAGCGAAAUUGAUGUCAAUUCCACUCGAUUCAGGUGAAGAUUCAAGUUCAAAAACAGUAUUCUCUCCAAAUCCUUCAACCCCUAAUGCAACAGAUGAAGGUAAUUUUCAAUCUAUACCCAUAGUUUCUGGAAUACCAAGAAGGUAAACCAUUCAAUUUUGGUGAGGUAAAGGAUUCCAGUUCGUUGAACGUUUCUGGUGCUAUCAAAGAUUUGUUUCUUCAACCUGCAACUCAAGCAUCAUACUUACUCAGUUGAAGUGAAGAGUUCCGGAAAUCCUUAUUACUUCAAGGAGUUUUUCUAUCUCCAACACAAAUUACACUCUCAGGAUUAUUCUUCUCUUCUUCUGGUCGACAUUCGCUAGUUAUUUGAUCGUGGUAAGUGUGCAACUACAGAUUGGAUUUCUUAUGAGGAAUUAAUUUGUCCAGUAUUACAUAUCUUAAGGUAUCAAUCAGAAAUUAGUUCCAUGCCUUCAAUUAUUUUUGUGUGUGUUAAUGAUAAUCUUAUUAGUGAGGCUCGAAAGAUGCUUGGUUCAAUUUUAAUGGAUGAUUAUAUUAAAAAAAUUGCUUAUGAGCCAUAUAUUAAGCUUUGGUAUAGCUUGCAGUUAUUGUCUGCUUAUUCAAAGUGUUCUAGUAAUUGUUGAAAAUGGAUAUGGUUGGCAGCUGUUUUUGAAGAUGUCACAAAGGAAUAGUAUCACCAAUUAUGGUUGUGAUCUUAUGUUGUUUGGUGGAGGAAGAAUGGGUGAAACCAUUAUAUGGAGUUCUCAUUCGAAAGGGUUUAAUGCUUCAUGUUUGAUCUUAAUUCAUAAUAUCCAUAAGUACACUGGAAUGACUGAUCUGGGGUUGGUUCUUAGGUUGGCAGCAUAUCUGGUUUCGUAUGCUUGGGAAUGCUUCAGUUCCAACAUUUUAUCCAUUACUUAUCAACAAGAUGUAGAAUAUUGGGUGAAUACACUGCCAAUCUCAAUUAAAGGUGGGAUUUCUUGCUAUUGGUGUGGUAGUUUGUCGAUUACUGUUGGUGGAGGCAGAGUUUAUGAUUGGUUUGAUCAAAAGCAUAUGGGAGUUGUCAGUAAUGAAAGAUGGAAUAUUGCAGCUAGGUAUUUUAUUGCAGAUACCCAACAAAGCUUGGCGCAACUGUUAAACUCCGCAUCUGAUCAGGCCACAACAAUACAGGUGAAGGAAGAGUCUGCCAACUACAUACAACUAACAAAUGCAGUGUAUGAUUUUUGGAUUAUUAUGCAUGGGCUCAAGGUUAUAGUCUCUGAAAUCUUUCAAAUAAGCCCAACAGGAGAGGUGUGUUUGCGACUUCAACUGCAAGUGCAAGUUAAAUGCAAAGGUCCUCAUGCAGUCUUUACCAAUUUUAAUUUUCAAGUUGAAACUCGUGGCUGUGAGGGAACCAUAGCUCAUACUGAUACUGCAAGGGGUGCUUCUAUUAUAACAUACCAAGCCGUGAGUCCCGAUGGUAGUGGGCUUGAGUACUGGCCAGAGACUAUGCUCCUUACUGUCCAGAGGAAGAUCACCAAAUUUGGCAUUGCCACUACUUAUAGUUCUCGAGAAGGAGCUACAUUGCCUGUGUUCUCUGGUAGCUUUGCUCAUUUCAUACCUUCCAUCACUGAGCCUUCCCUUGUCCAAGCGGAAUUCAAGACAUCCUCCUCAUUGGCCUUCUUGUUAGGAAUUACAGUUCUCGUCCCUCACUGUGUGCAAGGAGCUGCGGCAACCGAGUUCUGGGCUUGGAUUUCCAAUAUUCUGGGCCCUACAAGGAAAACUAGUGGUCAUUGUUUCAUUAUCUCCUUAUGGGCGCUACUCGGAAUGUCAUGUACUUGUCGCAGUUAAGGGUGUUGCAACUCAGUUCUCAUCCUUGAGGACAAGGAUAAUUUGGAGGAGUGGGUAUUUUUCAUGGACCUACAUGAGGCAGACCAUCCUGGUUAUGGGCAGGACCUAUGUAGUUAUGAGCCAGGGGCCGCUAGUAGUUUUAGUUAUUGCUAAUCAUGUGAGUGGCUCGUGCUAUGCACGAUAGUAGUGUGUUUAUCCAGCCUUAUAUAUGAAAUGUCGUACACCUCCUUAAGGUAGCUAAUGAAUUAUGUAAAACUUAUCUUCUUCUCCAAUUGCUUCUGCAACUUCUUUAUCUAACAAUGAUAGACUAUAU